CAGCAGGGCUUUUAUUGUGAAGUCUUUCAGCGGAAGUGACAGGGGCGUUCACGCGGCCGUGCGGUGCUGUAACGUAGUCAGUCGACGGAAAAUCUCUGCUGCAGUUUCUAACUUGUUCAAACAUUAAUCCAGCGUUUAACCUCCGGCAGCAUGUCGCACACCGUCAUCACCACCACCAGCAGCCGGGCUGUGGGCUCCGACGGCGGCCUCAACCCGGGAUACACCCGCACCAUGCCGGGGCUGCUCAAGGCGGGACAGAUGCUCGCCCUCCUCAUCGCCUUCCUGUGCGUCCACUGUGCUCGCGGUUGGACCAGCUGGGCGGCCUUCCAGUACUUCGAGGUGGUGACGCUGUGGUUCCUCAUCGCCCUCCUCAUCUUCUUCCUCAUGCACCUGUUCAGGCUGCAGGGGAGGAUGCCCUGCAUCAACUGGCCGCUGACGGAGUUCUUUCAUUACGCCGUCGGGACCGUCCUCAUCUUCAUCGCCUCCAUCGUGGCCGCGGUGAAGAGCGGCGGAGUGUCGGCACUGGUGGCCGGAUCGGUGUUUGGCUUCAUCGCGACGUUCCUGAUGGCCGUUAGUUUGUGGACGUCUUACAGUGUUUCCUGUGGCUCUCAUCAGACCGGUGCAGCAGUGUAAACAGCGACCCGUCAUGAAAGGAACCAGAUGGCUGUGUUGGUGGUUUGCUGUUUCCUGGUUAAUUUUCUGCCUAGCGACCACCUGGAUAAUUUACGUGAUUGGAUUAUAAUUCACUCUGCAGAGGUAAUGGAAGUGCUGAUCCAGGACCAGCUGUCCUUUCCAACAAUCUGAAACACAAAGGACAGCACUUACAGUAUUACUCAGAUUCCCAACUCUCAUUUUUUUUUUUUUUUAAUGUCUCAUUGAAUCCUGUCAAACCUCUGAAGUCACAUGUUCAUGUUAAAGGUGCUCAGUGUCACAUUUUAACCAUCAGUGUGUCAGUAACACAUUAGUAUUUCUAUCCUGGUAGAAUCAUUAUCAACCAAUGACGCCGCAGUGCAAACAAUCAGUCGCCUGGUUUAGUUGUCGAGACUACAUUUCCCAUAAUUCCUGCUGCUUCCUGACCCUAAAAAGGAACAAUAUGUCGGUUUUUUUCCACCAUUCCACCAUCAGAUGUAGAAAAGCGCCCUCUUCCUGUUUCGUGCCAUAAAGUGAACCAACCUGAAAUCUUGCAGGUGAAACUGGUCUGAGUGCAGCCACGCUGUCUCUGAGUCGCCUUGUCAUUGCAGUUCCUCAGUGGUUUACAGCAUCUAGCUUAAUUUGCUUGAUUCAUUAUAAGAUUUCCCAUCCAUUCCAGCUGUUUUUUACUCUACUUUUAAAAAAUUCCACUAGAUCAGUAAAAGCACUCUGGACCACAGACGUAUUAAACUCUUUUAAUCACUUUUCUAAAAAUGUCCAGCGAGGAAACAAUGCACAGUAUAGCCCUGUUAGCCUGCCAUGCUAAAGUUUUUUGCUAGCACGCUAAAUUAUUAGUGUGCAAAUAUGCUAGCAUGCACAGACUAUUCCAGUGUGCUAACAAACAUUAACAAGCGAAUAUGUCACAGAAAAUGACUUGCAUGCUAAUGACUUUGUUAGCAUGCUACAAAAAUAAUACUCAGGGGCUAUGCAUGCUUAGAAUUUGUAUGGAAGUUAAAACGUUAGCAUGCAAAACAUGCAAACAAACAAAUCCACUUGCAAAAAAGUGCUGCAACUUUCUGUAAUUUAUGUCUGGUGAUUUUCUACAUUUAUCUUCUUGUCAACUAAUCUCAUGUUUGGAUCCAAAUCAACAGUGAGCUGAUCUA